GAGAAGACGGUCCUCGCCGUGGUUUCAACCGUGCAGCGUCUAACACCCUACUUCCAAGCUCACCCGGUUCAAGUGCUCUCCCAACAGCCCAUUGGUGCGCUGCUCAGGAGCCCGAACGCACCCUCACGCAUGUCCAAGUGGGCAGUGUUCCUUGGAGCUUUCCAGAUCGAAUUCAAGCCAAGGCCAGCGAUCAAGGGCCAAGCGCUAGCUGAUUUCGUGGUGGAGUGCACCGCUCGGGAGGAGCCGAGCCCGGAAGAGCCAGAAGCCGAGGACUGGUGGAUAGUUUUUACCGACGGCUCCUCCGCCGCCAAAAACUCGGGGGGUGGAGUGGUAGUCAUCGCUCCCGAAGGCUUCAGAGCAUACUACUCAAUUCGAUUCGGUUUCAAGGCAUCAACCAAUGAAGCGGAAUAUGAAGCGCUCUUGUGCGGGCUACGCCUAGCAGCCGGGAUGAACGCAACAAAGCUAAGGAUAAAGUGUGAUUCAAAGCUGGUGGUUGGCCACGUCUCGGGAGAGUUUGAGGCGAAGGACGAAAGAAUGAAGAAGUACAGAGAUACCGCUCUAGAGUUGCUUAAGAGUUUCACCGCAUAUAGUGUGGAGCAGAUCCCUCGGGCGGAGAAUGCCGAGGCAGAUACCUUGUCGAAGCUGAGCUCGGACACGCCCGAGCAUAUCAGGCGGAUGGCGAACAUGGAAGAGUUGUCCGAGCCGAGCAUCCACGCCUUCCCCGUUGCGAUGAUCUGUGCUCGGCCGAGAGAUUGGAUGGACGACAUAGUUGCCUUCUUGAAGGGUGGCGCCCUCCCGGACGAUGCAAUAAAGGCCCAAGUUGGUCCGCACUAGGGCACCGGGGUACACUUUGGAGGGCCGAAACUAUACAAGUGAGCGGAAAUCUUUUCGGUUGAACUCAAUGGAAUGAAGUUUUUGCGAAAAG